AUGAGCGUCUCUGCCCCACCCUCUCCCAUCUCCCUCCCGCCCGGAGCAGCGCCCCCCUACUGCCCUCCCUAUGUGCCCAUGGAGCGGACGCCGCGCCUGCCUCCCGCAGCACGCACGCCUCCCCCGCCGCCGAAGGACAAACCCGUACGCAAGCCGCCGCCGCCGCCGCCACGCAAGGCCCGCCCGGUCCUUGCGGUCGACACGAACCCUCCCGCACCGAAGCCGGUCGUUGUCGCUGAAUCCGUCUCCUCUGUCAUCCCUCCUACUCCUACUCCUCACGCGGCCGAACCUUCCCCAGCUGAGCUAGCCAGACCAGCCGCCGAGCCCCCUGCUACCGCCACUGAUGCCUCGCCGGCACCCGAGCCCACACCCGUGGCGCAGCCACUCGACGAUUCGUUCGCAGACGCCCCUCUCAUCUGCCCGCAGCCUGUGAUGGCGCGCCGCGGCCGCCCAGCGCCCAUCUCCGUGGCAGUCGCCAACGCCCCGCGCCCCGCUACGGCCCCGCCCGCACCUCCAGUCGAAACAGCUCGAUGCGCAGGCUUCAUCCUCGCGCAAGCCAGCACGGACCCGUUUGCCCUCGCACCGUGCCCGCGCCCCGCGGUUGCGCCCCUCGUCCUCUGCCGCGCGUGUACGGCCGAUGUGCAGCGGCACUCGGGCACAGGCGACGACAUUUGCGCCGCGCGCUAUUGCGCCGCCCACUGGUGCGGAGGCUGCAAGCGGCUCGCACGGCGCCUCGCCGCCUAG